AUGGUGCUCUGUGGACAUAUACGGACAACAACUUCUCGCUUGCCCAGCCUUCUUCCUCUGCUUCGCCACCCGAUCGAAUUGUCUACUUAUUCUUCCCUACAGCUACCUUCUCUAGGUGAUCAACGGUCAGCGUCAGAUUGUUCCUAUGCUGCGAUUUCAGACACAAAAGUUAUCCCCGGAGAGGCUGACCUAAUCAAUGGGUCUGGCAAGGCCAAAUCUCCAAUUAUCCAUGGUCCUCCAAUCCAACUAUUAUCUUGUCCUUCUAGUUUUUCUUCCUCUCUUAUAUCUGGAUGUGAUGUAUCCUUUCCCCCAACUUCUGUCGCUGUCCCUGGUACAUCGUUUCCACAGCGGGCGUCAACUUCUAAAGAGCCACUAAAUCCUUUAACACUAACUCCAAAACCUGGUUCUCCAGCUCGUGUAAGCAUGGCAGAUGCGCCGGCACUUGCCUCUACUCACUACUCUGAGUGCAUUAAAAAUGCUGUCUGCCAUGAUUGUAGACUGAAUCUCCCACGACCGCAAUUGGACGCUGAACAAUUCGCUGAGGCAGACCGCGAUUGCCUUGCUGAAGUGGUGCUUCGCUGUGCUGGGUUGGGAUGGGAAACACGACGUGAUUUUGAACAGACCUGGAUGGCCUACCUAUCAGUUUUGUAUAGCCGGUCAGCUGCACUUUUGUCCUCAGCAAUUAUGGUGGCCUCGGCUCAGGCCUCUGGGCAGACCGAACUCCAGGUCUCAAGUGAGGUUAGCACUUUGCUUGCACUUCGGAUCUAUAAUGGUGUGUCUCUAACUUGGUCCCGCAAAUGCUUGCUGCAGCGUAUCCUUUCAUUUUUCAUUCAUUGA